AUUUAUUCCUAAUUAGUUCAGUCCUCGUUUCUUGGGCGCACUAACACCAUCACGAUGUGGAAGGUUAUGAUGACAAUCGUCGCGUUUUGCGCGCUUGCAGAGGCGCGUUUAAACAUGAUGGAGCGGAUGAAGCUGGCCUUUGAGUACGUGCAGAGCAACGAGACUCUCAUGGAAAUGUACAGGGAACGUGUUCACAUGCACCAGAUGGCCGUGCUGAAACAUAACUCCCGUCAGAGGCGUACUACAGCAGCUAGUUUCCUCAAUAACUGUGUAAAUUCGUACCAAAAGUCUUCAACACCACCCACAUCCGUGAAUGACCUCCGACCUGAGGACAUAACAAUUGUUGCAGCUCUUGGCGAUUCACUCACGGCUGGCAAUGGUAUUUUAGGGACCAACAUUUUGGACUGCAUGAAAGAAUACCGUGGGCGAUCAUGGAGUAUUGGUGGUGAUGAAAGCUUUCAAAAAGGGGUUCAGACGCUUCCUAACAUACUGAAACUAUUCAAACGCGAAGGCAAAUACCUCCAAGGUGCCUCUCUCGGACUCUGUGACACUUCAAACCUAGGAUGUUCUAUAUUCAACGUCGCCGUUGCGGGACAGACCUCACAGGAACUGCCCGCACAGGCCACUGAGUUGGUUACAAGACUAAAGAGCACUUAUUUUGGAGUUGAUUAUCUGAACGAAUGGAAGAUUAUUACCCUCUUCAUCGGCGGGAACGACCUUUGCGAAUACUGUCACGACACUAAUAAGUACUCACCCGACAGUUAUAUAGCAAAGAUCAACGAAACUUUGAAGAUCCUUUACGACAAUGUGCCAAAGGCGUUUGUUAACCUAGUUGAGAUCUUCGACAUCACACCACUAGCCGGUGUUUCACAGGGCUUCUUCUGCAAUCUUGUCACCGAUAUGGUGUGCGACUGUGCCAAAAACAACAAUAACCAUGACAUGCUGUCGAUUAUAUCAAAACUGUACCAGACCAAGACGCAGAAUCUCAUAUCAACUGGCAUCUACAAUGACAAAAGUGACUUUGCCGUUACGCUGCAGCCUUUCUUCCGGGACACAACGCCCGUCAAAACUACCACCGGAGCCUAUGACCUCAAUUACUUUGCCCCCGACUGUUUCCACUUCAGUGAGCUCGGCACAUACGCUGCAGGAAAAUCACUCUGGAACAACAUGAUUGAACCAAUUGGUAUGAAACAGACGUCAUGGCAUCUAGAUGGUGACUUUGAGUGUCCUCCCAACACUGGCCCAGUGUUCAAGACCAACAGAAACUAGCCGUCAUAAUCCACAUCUAUUACAAAUGGACUUGGUCGAGCAAGCACAAAUAAAAAAAAACUGAACGAUA